AUGCCUCCCCUAUUCAUUUCAAAUGUACCCAUCGAAACUUUUGACUUGGCAGCAGAUGAGGACAAUGGCACAAACUGUUUGACUUUUGGCAUGCCCAAACGAUCAGAGAUGAGGGAUCUUUUUGAGGAAAUAUGCACCGGUGAACUUCCAUCUGCACAGCAAUCUCUUCAAAUGGAACAAUGGGGAUUGGCACCUGUUCUGCAUUGCGAUCAAGUAUCUUGCUAUCAUGGAAACACUACUCCCAGCGACACGCCAUUUGAUCCCACCCUCAAUAGGCACCUUGUGCAGGCUGCAAAUGCCAUUGUGAGAGAAUUGGGCACAGCUGCAAGGGACCAGUAUGGUGCAGCCUCCCAGGGCCUUCAACUCAUCAAUAUGCUCAAUUUGAUGGAAGUCUGUGGUAGAGAUGGGUAUCCUCUACUUGGAUGGCCUGUGCAUUGGUUUGCAAACCUAGCAAUGGACUUGAAUCAGCUUAAUAGCUUGAUUCUGGUGACAGUGUUGCACAUUGUCCCACAUUGGACCCCACACACAGCUGAUCCCAAUUCUGGCUUUGCAUUCCCUUGGUGGCUAUAUCAUUCUGAGGAAUAUGCAGCAGAUUCCCAAAGAUUGCAAGGCAAGGGAUUGUUUUUCAUGACCUGGGAUUUUUUCAAGGGCUUAUGGCCAUUGCCUGAGGUGCCAAUUGCAGACCAUCUCAAUAGCCAUAUCAAGGAGCAGGUAAACUACUGCAUCAAAAAUAUUCAGAAAUAUGCUGAUGUUGUCAAUGGUCAGGGUUGA